GGACCCGGAGAAGGGAGGACUAAGAAUUUCACUUGAUGACCCUUGCCUUUUUGGGUCUGGGAUGAGCCGCGCGGAGCGCACCCUUAACUACCCAGAGUGCUGUGCCUUUAAGGUCCACUGGGGGCGUGAUGUCAGCCGCCCUCCGGCACUUGGAGAGGUGAGCGCGGCAGCCCGCGCAGCGGGUGACUCGGGGGCUAGGUUUGGAGAAAGACCUGCGGCGUGUUGGAGACUCUGACUUUGGUGUUGCGGCGCGCUAGCGCCCGCGGGCCAUGCCCCACUGACCCUAAGUGAGCACUGCCCCGGCUCCGGGAGGGCGAGACCGGAGCACCGGCCAUGGGAAGCCUCCAGCUGGAAGACUUUGCGGCGGGCUGGAUCGGAGGUGCAGCCAGUGUCAUCGUCGGCCACCCUCUGGACACGGUCAAGACUCGCCUGCAGGCCGGCGUCGGAUACGGAAACACCCUCAGCUGCAUUCGCAUGGUGUACAGGAGGGAGAGCGUGUUUGGCUUCUUCAAGGGCAUGUCCUUCCCCCUUGCCAGCAUUGCCGUCUACAACUCCGUGGUGUUUGGGGUCUUCAGUAACACGCAGCGGUUCCUCAGCCAGCACCGCUGCGGGGAGCCCGAGGCCAGUCCUCCACGCACGCUGUCGGACCUGCUCCUGGCCAGCAUGGUGGCCGGUGUGGUCUCUGUCGGGCUGGGAGGGCCCGUGGACCUCAUCAAGAUCCGGUUGCAGAUGCAGACACAACCGUUUCGGGACGCCAACCUCGGUUUGAAGUCCAAGGCAGUGGCUCCUGUGGAGCAGCCAGCAUACCAGGGGCCCGUGCACUGCAUUACAACCAUUGUGAGGAAUGAGGGCCUGGCAGGGCUGUACCGGGGGGCCAGUGCCAUGCUGCUGAGGGAUGUCCCAGGCUAUUGCCUCUACUUCAUCCCCUACGUGUUCCUGAGUGAAUGGAUCACACCUGAGGCCUGCACAGGCCCCAGCCCCUGUGCCGUGUGGCUGGCGGGCGGCAUGGCAGGAGCAAUUUCUUGGGGGACAGCGACUCCUAUGGAUGUUGUGAAAAGUCGACUCCAAGCUGAUGGGGUUUAUUUAAACAAAUAUAAAGGUGUCCUGGAUUGUAUCUCCCAGAGUUACCAGAAGGAAGGUCUUAAAGUGUUUUUCAGAGGCAUCACUGUGAACGCGGUGCGGGGCUUCCCCAUGAGCGCGGCCAUGUUCCUUGGGUACGAGCUGUCGCUGCAGGCUAUCCGCGGGGACCACGCAGUGACGAGUCCAUGAGCGCCAGGUCAAUGCUAACAGUGUCUGCAGAACCCAUGGUGUGAAUUUACUGAAGAGAAAGAAAGACUCUCCGCCAGGUGGGCUUUCAGCCAAGCAGGCUGUCCUCAGAACCCCUUCCUUCCUUCACAAUUGCAAGCAUUCUGAUCCCCACCCCAGCUGGGGCAGCGGAGCUCCUGCCUUGGAGGGAUUCAACUGACCAUUGGUCAACUGAUCACCAACUAUUUCAGCUUUGGACUUGCACCUGGUAACAAAAAAACGAACAGAACAAAACAAAACUGGAGUAAAAUAGAUCCUCCCCCCAUGGCCAUUGUAAAGUCACUGUGAAUUCAUGGAAGAGGUGGAGUUGGCUCUAAGUUUCAAAAUAAAAGCAUUAAAAACCUC